UAUUUGUGCACACGUGGGAUUGGCUUAUUAGGUGGCUGUCGUAUGCGUGAGUGAAGAAUACGAAGGGGGGUUCUUGAGACGGGCAGCGCAGAGAGGUUGAUAAUUCAUACUUAUUACUGGGUAUUAGGUAUCUUUCUAGCUUCGAGUCGUCUUGGCUAGAGAUGGCGUCACUUCACUUGCCGACGAUAUGGGUGUCCACGCUCACGGCGGCGACGAUAUUCGUCGUCGCCGUCAUCUCGAAGUGGCUUCGAAAACCGAGGUCGUUCAAUGUCCCGGUUGUAGGUGCCGAGGCUGGAGAUGUCAACGUUCUCAAGAAUCGAUAUGUGCAAGAAGCGGAUGCGGUUUUACGCGAAGGAUACGAAAAAUUCAAAGAUGCAAUCUUCCAAGUCGUCACUCCCGAUGGACCCAGGGUUUUCCUCCCGAGAAAAUAUGCGCAAGAUUUGAAAGAUUAUAGUCGGCAUGAGGCGAGCGGGAUGAAGGCUUUGGCUGAUCGACAUAUCGGGCAUUACACCACCAUCGAUCACGAAAGUGAUAUUAUGCUGGGCGCGAUCAAAAUCGAUCUUAACAGGAAUUUGGGCACGUUCGUCGGAGAUGUCGAGCAAGAAGUUGCAUUCUGUUUCGAGACUCAAUUUCCGGCAUGUGAAGAUUGGACGCCAAUUGACCUCCACGAUAAACUCCUGCGUGUCGUAGCCCAGGCUUCGGCUCGGAUCUUCGUCGGUUAUCCGAUGUGCCGAAGCGAGGAGUGGCUGGACUGCAGCACGAAAUUUGCGAUAGACGUCAUGACAGGCGGCGAGAAGCUGAAGCAGUGGCAUCCGUACCUGCGGCCCAUCGCCCAGUAUUUCGUACCGGAGAUGACGCAGAUUCGCGGCGACCACCAACGAGCCCUUGACCUGCUUUUACCUGAGCUUAAUAGAAGACUCGCAGAACCCGCCGAUCCAGACUCGUCACCCCACAAUGACAUGAUCCGAUGGAUGCAAGAGCGCGCACGGAAAACUGGAGACAAUUCCUUUAACAAUAAGGAGCUCGCCAACCUGCAAAUGCUCACCGCGACGGCCGCGAUACAUACCACGCGUCUUGCCAUUAUCCAUGCCCUAUACGACCUCGCAGCCAGACCAGAAUACGUGGAGCCGCUCCGAAACGAGAUACUGGAGGUGACCAAGGACAGCAAGGGUGUCCUCCAGAAGCAACAUCUUACACAAAUGAAAAUGCUGGACAGUUUUAUGAAGGAAUCUCAAAGGCACAGUCCGCCCUCGGUUGCUACAUAUCAGCGCAAAGCCAUGAUCCCCAUUACUUUAUCUAACGGCUUCCAUAUCCCCGCGGGCACUAUCGUGCAGUGCAACACCAACAUCCUAGAUGAGACGCCACAAGAUUGGGGAAACCCGCACGCCUUCGAUGGAUUCCGGUUUUAUAAGCUCCGCAACCGAACGCCCGAGGAUAUUAACAGAUUCCAGUUCGCGAGUCCGACGUACGAUAGUAUGCAGUUCGGAUUCGGAAAAGAUGCGUGCCCAGGUAGGUUUUUCGCCAGCAACCAGAUCAAGAUUAUUCUUGCCUACAUACUCUCUCAUUAUGAUAUUAAAUUCGAGGAUGGCGUUGUCGGGAGACCUAAGAACUUUAUGUUCGAAGUUAACGUCCUGGCGGAUCCCACCAAAAUGGUGUUAUUUAAGAAGAUCCGGUAGGACUGUAGGUAGCAAGUUACAUAAAAUGGAAUUAACACACUC